GCCAAUAGACAGAGAGAGAUAAUAUUAGGCUUUUAGCUAUAUGGAAACACGCCCCAACUACUUUCUUCUUCUUCUUCUUCUUCAUUUUAUGAUCGCCAUUGAAGAAGCUCUAGCAUUUCCAAAGGCUUCGAACAAUUCGGUCACGGCUAUUCUAGUGUUUGGAGAUUCCACCGUAGACCCUGGAAAUAAUAAUUUUAUCGCAACUAUUUUCAAGGGAAACUUUCCACCUUAUGGAAAAGAUUUUCCUAAUCACAUCCCAACAGGAAGGUUUAGCAAUGGACGCCUGGCUACUGAUUUUGUUGCUUCUUAUAUUGGUGUAAAAGAGUAUGUGCCUCCAUAUUUGGACCCAACUCUUACUAUUGAAGAGCUUAUGACAGGAGUGAGUUUUGCGUCUGCUGGCAGUGGAUUUGAUCCUCUCACCCCCCAAAUCAGCAACGUGAUUUCCACCGAAACGCAAAUGGAGUAUUUUAAAGAGUACAAGAAAAGGCUGGAGUCUGCAAUUGGAAAGAAAAGAGCAGAAAACCAUAUAAAUAAAGCUUUGUUUAUCAUUAGUUGUGGCACUAAUGACUUUAUUGUUAAUUAUCUAACUAUACCUAUUCGACGAAAGACCUUCACUAUUUCAGCGUACCAGCAGUUCAUCUUGCAUAAAUCUCUGCAAUUCGUACAGGAUUUGGUUGAUGAAGGAGCACGAAGAAUAUCAAUUGCAGAGUUACCUCCAAUGGGUUGUAUACCAGCUGUUAUCACCAUUUUCUCUAAAAAUGCAACAAAUGCAAUUUUAGAACGCAAUUGUAUUGAUUCCUAUUCCUCCAUUGGAAUAAACCUCAAUCAAAUGCUUCGAAAUGAAUUAAAUCUCAUGCAAAAUCGAUUACUAAAUCUCGGCUUAAAGAUCAGUAUCUUGGCUACGUAUGGACCGUUGAAGGACGUGAUCCAAGGGGACGGCAGAUCUGCAUUUGAUGAGGUAAACAUUGGGUGCUGCGGGACGGGUUACCUAGAAGCAGGAAUAUUGUGCAAUCCAGAAUCGUUUGUAUGUCCUGAUGCUUCCAAGUACGUAUUUUGGGAUUCUAUACAUCCAACUGAAACCACAUACUACUACAUUUUUCAAGCCAUGCGUCCUACUAUUGAUUUCUUAAUAAGGGAUCCCUAAAUAUUUUAAUUAUGGUUUUUGUUUUUUUCAAAUUAUAAGGAAGAUAUAAGGUAAAAUUGAGGAUAUGUCUCAAUUUGUAUAAUGCAAUUACAUAAAUGUUGUUCUAUAUUACGGUAACAUCACAAAUUUACAUCUUGUAAUAUGAUUUAUAUUAUCCCUUGAGAAAUCCUAAAAUAUCUAGUAA